GCGAACACAGAGCCGCCAAAACUGAGCCGAGAGGAGCAGCGGGGCCGGGGGGCCCUCCUGCAGGACAUCUGUAAAGGGACCAAGCUAAAGAAAGUGACACAAAUCAAUGACCGGAGCGCACCGAUCCUAGAGAAACCCAAGGGCAGUGGUGGCGGCAGCUACGGCUCUAGCUCAGCUGCGAUCCAGCCGAAGGGCGGCCUCUUCCAAGGCGGUGUGCCCAAGCUCAGACCUGUGGGAGUGAAGGACAGCUCAGGUAAUGGCCGUCUGACUGUGGUUGAUAUGAGGGUUCCCUGGGGAGCCCCACCGCCCCCUCCACCGAUGCUGCGAAACGGGGGGCGUGACGCCCCCCCACCUCCGCCCCCUUACAGACUGCACGGCUCCACCGAGCCCCCGAGCCGAGGGAAGCCGCCGCCACCACCCAUGAGGACGCCGGCCGGGCCACCACCGCCACCUCCACCGGUGCGGAACGGGCACCGGGACUCCAUCUCCACCGUCAGAGCAUUCCUGGAUGACUUUGAAUCCAAAUAUUCCUUUCAUCCCGUCGAAGACUUCCCAGCCCCAGAAGAAUAUAAAUACUUCCAGAGAAUCUACCCCAGCAAAACAAACAGAG